AUGGACGCCGCCGCCGCGAUCAAACAACUACGCCAGGGCCAAAAGCCACAAUGGCCAACAAAUGCCGAGUCGUCCGACUUUGCGCAUUCCCUUGACCAAAGUGCACACAUUCCUAAGACAUUUCGACCGGAAUUCGUUGUUCCAAGCAAAGCGCAACUCAAGCGGAAAACCUUGACUGAUGACGCACAAACCGCCAACCCAGCAUCAACUCCCGACGAUGAAGCCAUCUACUUCUGCGGCAACUCUUUAGGUUUGCAACCAAAAGCGGUUGGCGAACACUUGAACGCAUACCUAAAGACAUGGGGAUCCAUUGCUGUUGGUGGCCACUUUACCGCCCUUGAGGACUCGCCGCUCACGCCCUACCAAGACAUGGCUUCUGGAUGCUCAAAGAAGAUGGCUGAUAUCGUUGGCGCAUCACCUUCAGAAAUCGUUGCUAUGAACACACUGACCAUCAACUUGCACCUGAUGAUGGCAGCAUUUUACAAGCCGACGGAGAAGAAGCACAAGAUCAUGUGCGAGUGGCGACCUUUCCCUAGUGACUGGUAUGCGAUCGAAUCGCAAAUAGAAUGGCAUGGUCUUGAUCCAAAAAAGUCAAUGCUGUUGGUUGAACCAGAUGACGGAUACAUCAUGACGACAAAGAACAUUCUGAGACUCAUUGACGAGAACGUCGAUGAGCUGGCGCUGAUUAUGCUACCCGGCAUUCAGUACUACAGCGGCCAACUACUCGAUAUUCCAACCAUCACCGCACAUGCACGGAAGCACAACAUCACUAUCGGGUGGGAUCUAGCACACGCUGCCGGCAACGCCGAGCUGAAGCUACACGACUGGGAUGUCGACUUUGCAUGCUGGUGCACAUACAAGUACAUGAAUGCCGGCGCCGGUUCCAUUGCAGGUGCUUUCAUACAUGAGAAGCAUGGCAACAACGACCACUACAAGGGACUAAAGGGCUGGUAUGGCCACGACAAGUCAUCACGCUUCCUCAUGGACAACAGGUUCGUCCCCACACCUGGCGCGCAAGGUUUCCAAUGCUCAAAUCCAUCAAUCGUCGACCUCACAUGCUUAGCCGGAUCGCUCAGUGUCUUUGAGAAGACUUCCAUGGCCGACCUACGAUCACGAUCCCUGCUUCUGACAGCAUACGCCGAGCACCUGCUCUCUCAAAUCGCCGCACGCAACAUCAAGGACGGCGCUUUCCCCUUCCAAAUCAUCACACCAACGGAUCCUCGUUUCCGUGGCGCUCAACUAAGUGUUUUGCUACCGGAAGACGUCUUCGAUGAUGCAAGCGCAGCGUUAGUAGAGAACGGCGUUGUCUGCGAUAAGAGGAAACCCGGCAUCAUUCGUGUAGCGCCCGUACCGAUGUACAACACUUUCAAUGAUGUUUGGAGGUUUAUGCAGAUCUUUGAGGACGCGAUACGGGAGAAGGGACAAGGAAAGGCUCAGGGGCAACAGUCGCAAGGGACGCUGGCGGUUGAGUCGAGGUUAUAG